AUGCAAUGCGUAUCAGAAUUUCUUUCACUUCACGGGCUAACCCUCGAGGAAAACCCCACGAAACACCGUAUUCUUAAAACACUUAAACAUAUUCCCAAAGGCACCACCAUAAUUACAUUCCCAUCUCUUGCAUGCAUUCCAAUUCCAUCCAUGGUCAAUGCCCAUUGUAAUAAUUGUUUAGAAAUUCCAAUCGAACCACUAAAAACAUGUUCUAGAUGUCAUAAAGCAUUCUAUUGUAACGUAAAAUGUCAAAAGCUCGCAUGGUCAGCACAUCACAAAAUUUUAUGCCCUUUAUAUAAAAAGGAAGGGAAUAAAGGCUUGGAUAGUGAUUAUAUGGACGAAGAAAUGUUAAGACGAGUAGCAUUGAGAAUAGAUAAAUAUUUAAAAAAAAAAUCAUACUAUGAGUCCGAAAUGGUAUCAUCGACAGAUUUAAACGAGAAGAUAAAUUGUGAGACAUUUUUGACAUUAAUGUCACAUCGUGAAAAACAGAUACCAGAACAAUUAGAAAGAUUUAAAACUAUUGCAACGAAUGUUUUUUCUGAUUUGGACUUACAAAAUAUCACGCAAGAUGAAUUGAUAACAUAUUUAUGUAGAUUUUCUUGUAAUAAUUUUAACGUGGAUGAUAGUCAGUUAUUUUCUUUUGGCGAAGGAACUUACCCAAUUGGAUCUUUAAUCAACCAUUCUUGUCGUCCGAAUGCUAUAGUGAUGUAUUCAAUCGGACAACAAACAAAAGAUGGACCACAAAUACUUAGAAGCAUUGAAAACAUAAAGGCUGGUGAGGAGAUAACGAUAUCUUAUGUUGAUGUCGCAAUGAGCCGAACGUCCAGACAUAAAUUGUUGAGGGAAAAGUAUUUUUUUAAAUGUCAAUGUCCAAGAUGUUGUUCCGACGAUAUUAAAAAUUUGCUGAUUUCUCAAAUGAAACAAAACCAGAUGAUAAAAGAAUCGAUUUCAUCGUUUAUUUCGCGCAUUAUUAUCUCACUUUUACCGCAUUUAAUAGGAGAAACAUCAAAGGCUGAUUACAUAAAAACCUUAGAAGUAUUUUUCAAUGACAUGGACACAACCAUCACACAUCCAGAUCUUUUUACUACAUCAUCUCUUUCUUUAGUCACAAGACAUUUUUAUGAUCGUAUUGAGUUACAACAAUGGCGAGAAUCAUGGACUUUAGGUCGUUAUAUUCUCGCUAUUUAUCUUUUAAUUUAUCCAAGAUUUCAUCCAAUUAUUGGAUUACAUUUAUUUGGUUUGGCAAAGUGUAUGUGGAAUGAUACUUGCAAAGAUAAAGAUAAAAUCGUUGAAUCCUAUGAAAUAGUAAAAGCAACAAAGAAAGUGUUAGAGAUCACACAUGGUGAUGGAUUUGAAAACAGAAAAAUCAUAGCACAAUCUCACAAAUUACUCCCCAACUUUUCAACUAGCAUGCCCUCAGCUGAAACUUCUAUGAACUUUUCACUUUCAGGAAAGUCGUUACCUAUAUUCACUUCAGGCUGCUCACCAAAUAGUGUGACAUCUUGGGGGACAAAUGAAAAUAGUAAUAAUACAAAGGAUAAUAAUGAAGUAUCGUAUGGAGAUAGAUUCAUUCCUAUUAGAACCGGUGAUAUGAUAUCCGAGUUUCAAAGACGAGCAACAACGUCUACAGAAGAAAAAUCACAAAAGCGGAAGAGAGAAGAACCAGAAGGCAAGAAAAUAUUUUCGGAAAUGUUUCCACCCCCAAACUCUAAUGACGAUAUAGUCAGUCAUAUUGACACUUAUCCGAUAAAUUCGAAACAGAAAUUCCUUAAAUUCCAUUCGGCAUUGCCAAAACGCCGUGGUAUCUUAGAUACGCCCUUUAGAAAUGUGUAUUCUACAACUCCAUUUUCACGUCAAGUAGAGGAUUUAAUGACAAAACCUCGUAAACCUGCUAGAAUAAUUAAUCCACUGCCAUAUCAAAUGCUCGCAUUUUGCAAUGAAUUGAUGCUCAAAGAUGACUUUUAUUUGAACGUGGUAGAUUGGUCUGCUUCAAAUAUUUUAAGCUUGGGGCUCGAAAGUUGCGCUUAUUUGUGGAAUACUGGAACAUCAAGGGGUUCUCAACUCGCAAUUGGCACAGCGGAAGGCAAACUUCAAAUCUGGGAUGCUCAAAAACUAAUGAAAAUCCGCGAUUGUACUUCGCAUAGUUCACGAGUUGGAACUCUUUCUUGGAAUGGAAACCUACUAACCACCGGUAGCGCCGACCGUUGCAUAUUCCAUAGAGAUCCAAGAAGCCCUUAUGAUAAUAUCCGUGUUUUAACAGAUCAUAAAUCCGAGAUAUGUGGAUUGAAAUGGAACAAUGAAGGAAAUCAAUUAGCAAGUGGUGGUAAUGCCAACGAAUUAUUUAUCUGGGAAGGCUUGAAUUUGUCUCCAAUCAGAAAGCUUGAUGGUCAUAAAGCUGCUGUUCGAGCUCUUUCAUGGAGCCCUCACUCAAGAAAUUUAUUAGUAAGUGGAGGUGGUCAUUUAGAUCGCCAAAUACGUUUCUGGAAUACUCUGGAUUCAAGAUGCUUAGCAAGUUAUAAUGUAUGUAACCUGCAAUGGUCACCCACGGCAAAUGAAAUUGUCUCAACCCACGGAUGGUGGAAAAAUGAUGUAGUAGUUUGGCAAUAUCCUUCGAUGGAAAAGAUUGCGACCUUAAAAGGGCAUAAUUAUCGUGUGCUUUAUUUUUCUUUAUCUCCUAAUGGCGAAGAUAUUGUGACUGGUGCUGGUGGCGAUGAUAAUACUUUACGAUUCUGGAAAGUUUUUAACACUCCACUCAGUAACAAAAAGAAAAUUACCAAAUCUGUAUUUAAGUUAGAUGGACUAAUUCGGUGA